AUUUUAAUUUGUUAGCAAAACUAUUAAGUCAUAUUAACAGUAUUUUGUGCUCAAAUAUUAAUGAUCAAAUCUGUGAGACUGUAGCUUUGGUUAUUUGCAUAUCAGUGACUGCUCCUCCCUGAUCCUAUAAGACGGCGCUCGCUGCUCCUGCUUUAGCUGCUUGCGCAUGGAAUGACUGUAAGGACGAACACCAAGAGGAUCUUUACCAUGUGAUGAGAUUGAUCAACUGCUGAAACAAACGGAUCAGGGUUUGGCGAUGCAGUGUUUGCGUGGCUAGUGCUUGACAACAAGCCCAUCGUUUCAUUUUGGAUACUUUGGAUACCUUCAUCAAGCUCUUUUCCUUCAGAUCGGAGUCCCAAGAAUUUUUCAGUGAUGGCAUUUGCCAUGCUGCGGCCCAUGGCGACUCAUCUAGCGUACCCGGAUGUUGCCAUGAUGUCUGAGGAUGAGGAAAACCGCAGCGAGAGCGACGGCAGCUCGGAGCAGAGCUACGGCUGCUGUCCCAGUGCGGAGAAGCGGCGGCGGAUGUCGCGCAAGUCCACUGUGAGCAGUGUGGUUAUAGUAAAGCAACGGAACGCAGCGAACGCGCGGGAACGCGACAGGACGCAGAGCGUCAACACUGCUUUCACGGCGUUACGGACUCUUAUUCCCACCGAGCCGGUGGACAGAAAGCUGUCAAAGAUUGAGACUCUGCGCUUAGCAUCCAGUUACAUCUCACAUCUGGCCAAUGUGCUCCUGAUAGGAGACGGAGGAGAGGACGCGCAGCCGUGCGUAAGCGCCGUUUACACCGCGCAGGGGGACAGCGGAGGAAAGCAGCCGCGCACCAUAUGUACUUUCUGCCUCAGCAGCCAGAGAAAAGGGAUAAAGGACGGAUCUGACUGUGUCCGUAUGCGGGGAAUCACUUCAUUGCGUGUGACACGCCGGUAGCAUCAGCAGCGAAAAUGAAGAUGAAGAUGAAGAAGAUGAAGCCGCAACUCAGGGAGCGCGAGAGCCUCCUAUUAAUAUCCUGAUCCCUCACUAUCCUGUCAGCAAGUAGGACUCAAGCAAACAGUGGGACAAAUAAGGGCAAGAAGGAGGGAAGAAAAAGGAAAAAAGUAGGGGAUCCCCAACAUGAAGAACAACAGGAUGGAGGAGAGCAUGUCAUACGGUCAAUUACGGGCAGGAGGAUCUCUGCGUCCAGAGAGAGAGGAGAGGAGAGGGUUGAGUUCCGGACUGAGGAAAAGCAAGUCCACCAUCAACCACUUUCACAGACGCCUUAUUUACUGCCAUGGAAGAGCAGGUUUAUGGCUCUGUGAUUCGGCCAUUUGUGACUGCAAAUGGGACUCAAAGGAAAACAAACACUUCAAAAGAGCAAGACAAAAUUGGGCGAUAAAAAUCAGCUGUUACCACUGAUGGCUGUGUUUUACCUACUGUAAAAGCUCAGAAUGAGAAAGCUGAAGAUUUCAGAAUUGCUGUUGUUUGCAAUGGCAGCAUUGCACUGUGGAGUAUCAGAAGACAUAGAAGUUAUUAAGGGUAACUGUAAUGAUGACAUCAGUCUUCCUUGUAAAGCUACCAACCGAACAAAAACUUACCGUUACAUCAUGUGGUAUAAAACAGAGAAAUUACCUAUCAUCAAAAGGAAAAACAAUAACUAUACACACUAUAACUUUACAUCCAUUUCUCUGAGAGAUAAAGAGACCCUGGUCUUACAUAAAGUUCAGCCUUCCGACUCUGGAAAAUAUAGAUGCUACCUGGCUGCAGAAGUUGGAGGUCAAAAUGACGAAUCUUUUAUUGAAUUGAAUAUCUCAGAAUGUGUGAGCACAGUUUAUCCCAUCACCACCAUCCCAGCAACAGCUGAUCCCUGCCCUGCUGUAGAAGAAUUAACUGUUCCCUGGGCUGUGAUCGGCCUUUCUCUUAUCAGUGUGGCCAAAAUCAUUCUUUGCAUUGUAACUGUGGAGGUGUGUGAUCGAGUCAUAUUUAGAACAGUAAGAAGAAAACAGGACGUAAGUGGAAGCAAGACUGGAAGGUCAAGCUGGAAAGACUGAGAUUAACAAAAAAAGCUGAUGGGGUCAUUUUAGUUUAGUUUACAUUAAAACAGUUCAAGCUUGUGAACAUUUACAAGGUUGUUCGCACAAUUAGGCUGUGCUGAUAGAAUCUGUUUUUUAUUUCUGUGUGCUUUUGCUAUUCUUAAUUACUUUUUAUGGAUGGUUUAUUCCUAGGGGACGAAUAUAAUGGGGGCUGUUUUGUAGUUUUAUAUAUUUUGUUUGUUUUUACGUAACUGUAUAUUCUCUGUAAAUAUUUGUAGAAUCUAUAGCAAAUUUAUGUCCUUAAGGGUUAUUAUGAAUGUUAUAAAUACUGUUUAUAAGAUAUAGAUAAUUAUAGGCUUAAAAUUUAUUUAUAUAGAUCAUACGUCCAUACUCUCAUUGAUGGAUAAAUAUUGAACAAAGAGAGAAAUUCAUUUGUUUAUUCAUGUAUUUUGAGGACCAUCAGUAGCUUCUUUUAAGUCACAGACACACUUUUAUCUUUUAGUCUAGCUCUAAUAUAAUUCUGAUACUUUAACUUGAUUUCUUUGUCAAGCCUUACGUGCCAGUUUUUCAACUUUUUGCCAACACCAUUUUUUCAGUUAUACAACCAAGAAAUUCUGGGUUAAAAACAACCCAGCGCUGGGUAAAAUAUGGACAAACCCAGCAACUAGGUUGUUUUGGCCCAGCGUUUAGGUUAAAUGUUUAUCCCAGCCAUCUGGGUAGUUUUAUUUUAGUCCACUAUUGCAUAAAAUUACUUGCUUUUUCUUUUCUUUUUCUUUUGAUUGCAUUUUUUUUUUUUUUUUUUUAUAAAUGAACCUUUAUUAAUUUACUAUUUAUUAAUUUACAAUUUUGGGUUCAUUUUAAGCCAGCCAUAUAGUAAUUUUUAAACAAUAGUGGAGUUAAAUAAAACUACCCUGAGUAGUUAAAUGUUUAACCCAACUGAGUAGCUUAACUGAGUAGUUGAAAUGUCAAACUGAGGGAUCCAGUAAGCUAAAAAAUUUAAGUGACAGAAACACCACAACUGCCUAUUACACUGCCAGUCAAAAGUUUUUGAACAGAAAGAUUUUUAAUGUUUUUUUUUUUUUCUAAAGAAGUCUCUUCUGCUCACCAAACCUGAGUUUAUUUAAUCCAAAAAAGCAUUUAAAAAAAAAGCAGUCUUCAGUGUCACAUGAUCCUUCAGAAAUAAUUCUAUUAUGCUGAUUUGCUGUUUAAUUUUAAUAGCAUUUAUUGUUAUUAUUAUUAUUAUCAUCAUCAUCAAUAUUUAAAACAGCUGAGUACAUUUUUUUUCAGGAUUGUUUGAUGAAUAGAAAGGAUCAGCAUUUAUCUGAAAUAAAUUAUCUGGGAUAAAUUAUAGAAAUUAAUACAUUUAUUUAGUAAGGAUGUUUUAAAUUGAUAAAAAAAAUAUGAUAAAGACAUUUAUAAUGUUACAAAAGAUUUCAGAUAAAUGCUGUUCUUCUAAACUUUCUAUUCAUCAAAAGAAACCUGAAAAAAAUUACUCAGCUGUUUUCAACAUAAUAAUAAUAAUUUUUUAAAGCAGCAAAUCAGAAUAUUAGAAUGAUUUCUGAAGGAUCGUGUGACUGGAGUAACGAUGCUAAAAAUUUCUGCUUUGAAAUAACAGGAAUAAAUUACAUUUUAAAAUAUAUUCAAAUAAAAAAAGCUUAUUUUAAAUAGUAAAAAUAGUAAAUAGUAAAAAUAGUGAUAGUAAAAAUAUACUGAGUUUGCUGUACUUUGGAUCAAAUAAAUGCAGGCUUGGUGAGCAGAAGGGACUUCUUUAAAAAACAUAAAAAAUUGUACUGUUUAAAAACUUUUGACUGGUGUAUAUACCACUAGUCCAUGUUUAAAUAAUAGAAUCAGUGUUUCCACUAUGUGUGUGUCUGUGUGUACCUGGUAUUCCCUAUGUUAUAGGGACCAAAUAUUCCCACAAGUACAUUAAUACCAGUCAUUUUUGACCUUGUGGGAACAUUUUUGGUUCCCAUGAGGAAACAAGCUUAUAAGCAGUGUUGGUUAAAAGUUACUUUUAAAAGCAAUGCAUUACAAUAUUGCGUUACUCCCUAAAAAAGUAACUAAUUACGUUACCUAGUUAGUUUUUAUGGAAAGUAAUGCGUUACAUUACUUUUGCAUUACUUUUACAUUACUUUUUAAAUCUGGGCAGGGCUUGCUUGUUUGUUUUUAAUAUAAAAAGUUCAAUUUUUAGCAAAUGUAAAAGCCCUUUCACAGCAAAAAGUGAAAAAAAUAAGCUUAAGGCUGAUGGAAAAGUAAAUUCACGUCUGUACAGUAGAACUGUAGGAGAAGGAAAUUCAACACUCUUCAGCAAUAAGAAAAAUGAAGCAUAAAUGUUAGUUAAUCCAAAGUAAGUUUUGCUUAUUAGUAUGGUUGAAUUGGAUCAACAAAGGUCAGCAGCAAAGACACUGGUUAAUAAAAUGGGAUUACAUACAUAAAGGGAAAAAAAAGUAACUGGUGUUACUUUUUUGAAAAAAUAACUCUUGUAAAUAAAAAAGUAACGCGUUACUUUACUAGUUACUUGAAAAAAGUAAUCUGAAUACAUAACUUGCAUUACUUGUAAUGCGUUACCCCCAACACUGCUUAUAAGUCAUAAGGAAUUGCGUUUUUUGAAAAUGUAAAAAUGCAGAAAGUUUUGUGUGAAGGGUUUGUUAGGGUAAUAGGAUAGAAAAUACAGUUUGUAGACCUACUGUGUAAAAACCAUUAUACAAACGCCUUUGGAAGGUCCCCAUAAUGAUAGGAAUACCAUUGUGUGUGUGUGUGUGCGUGGGUGUAUAACUUAUGUAUUACUUCCUGUUUGUAUUUGUGUUUUACUGUCAUAAUUAUUGUAACACCAAAGGAGAUGUUCAUUAACAACAUGUACUAGGCAUCAUUUUGCAAAUGUAACUGUAUUAAAUUGUGUCAACAUUAAAAUAAGAACAUGUAAAACUGAAAGUGUUGUUAUUACGAAUCGACCAAUGAGCUCGCACGUUGGAGUUUCCGGCUCAGGCAAAAAAGAAAGAAGGAAAGAAGAAAGCGCAAGAAACAAAACAUUGAACAUGCUGCACAUUUUCUUCACAAUUUUCCAUCUGAUUCACUUAUCAGUAUCAGUAAAGGAGCACGACUGGAUCAAAAUACCAUGUCCGGCUAACAUUGAACAAGGUGUAAAAUACAGAAGAAUAACUUGGUACAAGGUUGAGCAGGGUACUGAUGCUCUGGCUGGACUUGUUUUGAAAGAUCUCCUAAAAAACAUUACAACCCUCUAUAAGUUUGCAAAUCAUUCCUAUGAGGUGGGAGAGGACAAUUCUCUUCUGGUUCCUGCUUCUGCUGAACUAGACUGUGGCAUUUACAGAUGCACCUUAUGGCCUCCACUGGGUCAUUACAUUCAGGAAGCAAAUACUAAGUAUGAUUCAGCAGAUUGCUUAAAACAUCAACUGCAAGCGGUAAGCAGCAAACAGCAUGAUCUGCGUGCCAGUCAGCGUUUUAAAUUCAUCAUCAUCCCAUGUGUGGUGAUGGCUUGUGCUGCUGUUAUCAUGUUUCUAAAUGUUAAAAUGAUUAAGAAAACAAAAGAUGAUGUUACGGAAAAACUGGUGCGUGAUGAAAGCAUAUACGUAGGCUAAUUGUUUUUUGCCCUAAUGUAGCACAUAAAUUCAUAUUGCAUUACAAUUUGACCAACAGUUUCUGAUUCAAGCAGGACAUCAUAAACUAAUAAUGUUGUAUAUUUGUAUAGGAAAAGAACUGUGUUUAAUAAUGCAAAUGACAUAAAUGCACUAAUAAAGAAUAAAGUUGUGACAUCUUUCUUAUUUUUAUUACUGUUGUUAUUACUGUUGUCAACAAAUUCUCAGCAAACACUGACAGUGUCAUGAUGAUUGCAGACAUGGAGAUGCUGUUUUAUUUGAACUUAGCUAAAUGCUUACAAUAAAUAAUUCACGUUUAUUUUCAUUUAGAUGCAACCCAAAGUGAUGAUAUCAGAGAAGAUGAGUUGUUUACUUUUUUAGCGUCCGAAUUUGCUCAUUACCCUGAUAGCACACGUACAUCUCGGAGAUGUCUAUUUGAUGUCUCCAUUUACAUCUGCAAGACGGAUUUUUUAGUUUGCUCAUCUGCAAUACGUCUAUAGGAUAUUUCCAAUCAAAUGUCAAAUAGACGAUUAUUAGAUGUCUUUAAGAUGUUUAUGAUUUAGAAUGCAUGUAAAACUGACAUCUUACAGACAUCUGUCAGAUGUUUUUGUACACAGCUAUGCUUUCCAGAUCAAGAGAUUCAUUUGUCUAGUUUAACCAGGCGGGUAUUAUCGCAUUGACAGGGUAAUCAGCCAAUCAGUGAUGAUGAGAACAUAAUGGGUGGGCAUAAUUGCAAUAUAAGCCAAUCAUAGCGUGAGUUUUCAUGUGUAUCUCUCUUUCUUUAUAGACUGAUUUUGCCUACUUAGAAAGAGAAGUAAAGAUUAGAUCACAUCUUUCUGUCUGAAUUCCCCGAAAAUCACUUUACAAAGAAACAGCUUCACAAAACUAUAAAUAGUAUGCUUCUGUGUUCACUUAUAUGAGGGGAAAUGUUCAGUCCUCACAAUUUAGUCUAAUGUCAAAUGUUAUUUUUAUUAUUAUUUUUUUAAAAUCCUAAUAAUCUGAGUUCUAAACGUUGCAGUGUAUUAACAUAGUCAAGUCCUAAACGUAUUAACCUCAAAAGAUUAAACCCACACCAAUUUUUCCUCAUUAAAAAGGUUUCCUCAUAAAAAAAGUGAUUCAUAAGAACCGUGGAAAGCAGCCAACUUAAAAGGAAAUGAGCAUCACGCAUUUCACAAGUAACAUAAUGAUUCGCUUGCUUGUGAUAGCGUUGACCCUUAAUACAGUAGCUGGCAACGAUGAACUCUUAGUCACCGCAAGUUGCAGAGAUGACAUAACUUUGGACUGUACUUUCCGUCAAAACUGUCAGAGCUACACCUCUGUUACAUGGUACAAGCUCUACAAUAACAGCAGUGACAGAUCUACAAUGAGAAUCCUCAUAAAGUCUGAAAAUGUCAUCCAGACUGAUAAACACAACGAUUCUAUGUCAUUGGACAAAAAUGCAUCUUUGGUCUUAAGGAAAGUUUCUCCUGCAAAUUCUGGGAUCUACAAGUGUUUAAUUAGAGCCAAAGCUGGAGGAAAGAACUGUCAAAAUCGGGUUAGACUUAAUAUCUCAGAUUGCAUGCCAACAGCUGCACCCAUUACAUUUGAUUUCUCCACCAAGUUUGUUAAUGAAUCAUAUGUAAACAUAAGUGUCUCAUUGCCUCGUGUGGAUGCAGACGAUUCAGUGCUCUUUGUCCUUUGGAGUUGUGUAGGACUGGCUGUGUCCAUUAAAGUUGUCCUCUGUGCUGUUUGCAUAUGGGUUUUCAAGGAGCUCAGUCAACUUAAAAAAAGAAGACAGACUUAAGACCAACCACUGUUUAUCAUCACCUUGUGUGUUUGCAGAGUUUACCCGCCGUAUCAUUUAUAUGGACAUUGCCUGCAUUCUGCAAACUUGUAUAAAAGACCAGUGGAUGGUUUAGCAAUUUAUCAUUUUAAUAAUUAACCUGUGAAUUUUCCUGUGAUUUCAGUGCAACGAUAAUAAUGAAACUGCACUGAUACUCUGAGAAAUUAAUCUGUGCUUUAUAUCUGUUAUUUAUUUCCAAAAUGGCAUUGCUGUCCUACAAGUAAUGGCAGAGCAUCUUCUUAGAUUUUGACAUGAUUUUUGCAUGAACUAUGUAGAGUGAAAACUGUUGUGAUGCAUAAUUUAUGCACAUUUAAUACACUGCAAAUGAACAAAUUUUUCCUA